CUAUUCCACCGACAACCGAGCAAAUACUUUUCAGCGUCUAUAGCAUUCACACAAGCCAGCCACCAUGCCAGCAAAACGUAGAUGCCAGGCUACUCAUGAGCAGUGCAAGUCCGCUGCUAUUCGCAUCGUGGGGGAUUGUCCUCACUGCAAUGCACACUUCUGUGGUACACAUCGUCUACCCGAGCACCACGCCUGCCCGAAGAUGGCGGACUGCAGGCAAGAGUCCUUUGAGAGGAACAAGGCCAAGCUCGAGUCUGAGCGCACCGUUGCAUCCAAGUUGGGCGUCGUAUAACCUCAAGGGCUGAUGUGAAUGGCCCCCUCCCGAGGCGUCCAUGUAACCUACAUCUUUCCUUUCCUGCCUAUUCUCAUCCCAAUUCCGCCUCCGCCUCACUCGUUCUUACGGGACUGGAUGCCAUCAACCCGCGUGGAGCGGACAACGCACAGCACAAUCACCCUUUCACUGUUCAUUUUUGGACUUCUUCGUGCAAGAGUGUUUGAAAUGGGACCCCAACCCCGUUUCCGACCACGUCGUCCAUUCAAUCCUCGUAUAGACGACACGUUCACCCUCAACAUCUCUGUAAUCUUCCUUCAUCAUCCAGCAUCCCCCCUUCCUUCCCCUUUCUUCAUGAAUAGGUUCUUCUUGCAUACCCCUAACCCUGAUACGUAUUUUCCUAAGGUCUUCAUAACCGUUAAUUUCAUACAGCAUACAGCCUUACUUUUCCAGCGUUUCCACCUCACACCUUCAGAGUCGUCUGACCGAAACUGGAACGUUAGUAAUAUGAAUUUAUCAUAAAGCUUAACGGUCUUUCGCUCGGCCGAAGGGGUGUCUUAUUGGUCUCACAUGUUGAACCAGGACAUUUAUGGCUCAUCCACAUUUCCCCCUCCCUUUGACCCUCCCCCCCUUUCCAACCCCUUGCCCCCUUCACACACACACCACCACCACUACUGCACACAUAUCUUCUUAUGAUCUAUUGGACAUAGUGCCCUGAUCUCCUCCGUAUUUUCUCCCCCCUUUUGAGUAUGCUCCUUGCUGUAGCUAGUCGUGUCGCAUAGUUUUCUCUUUUGGUCGUCUGCCCAUAUACACAUUAAGCUGACGGUUUCAAAUUAG